CCCCGGGGCGGUGCCGGGGCGGGGCGGGCGCUGCGGGAAGAUGGCGGCGGCGGCGGCGCCGGCGCAGCCCUGGAGCGCGGAGGAGCUGCGGAGCGAGGCGCUGCCCAAGAAGGACAUCAUCAAGUUCCUGCAGCAGCACGCGGCGCAGGCGUUCCUGGCCGAGCACCGGCUGCUGGGGCAGGUGAAGAACGUGGCCAAGACGGCGAACAAGGAGCAGCUGAUCGCGGCCUACACGCAGCUCUUCCACACGCAGCGCUUUCGGGGCACGGACGGCGCGGAGCCGGCGGCGGAGCAGGCGAAGCCGGCCAAGGCGGAGGAGGCCAAGGAGAGAGCGGCGAAGCCCGAGGAGGCCCGGGAGGAGGGGCCGCCGAAGUACACCAAGUCCGUUCUGAAGAAGGGCGACAAAACCAACUUCCCGAAGAAGGGAGACACCGUGCACUGCUGGUACACGGGGAAGCUCCAGGACGGGACAGUCUUCGAUAGCAACGUUCAAACAGGUUCAAAGAAGAAAAAAGCUGCCAAGCCUUUAAGUUUCGAAGUUGGCAUAGGAAAAGUUAUCAGAGGCUGGGAUGAAGCUCUCUUGACGAUGAGUAAAGGAGAGAAGGCUCAACUGGAAAUCGAACCUGAGUGGGCGUACGGCAAGAAAGGGCAGCCUGAUGCAAAGAUUCCACCCAAUGCAAAACUUUUCUUUGAGGUGGAAUUGGUGGAUAUUGAAUGACGUGGAGAUUUUCUUUGCUGCUGGGAAUCCAUUUGAGCAAGAAAGCUUCUGACAGCUGCAGUUUUGCUCUCGUAACUUCAGGAUAUAACUACAACUGUGGCCUUGUAUUGAAAUCAAGUUUGUUCCCCCCCAACUGCUGUACAGUAACAUACCACUAAAGAAAACAUUGUUUAUACUUGCAA